AAAGAGUGGUUCGCUGGAAAUAAUGUCAAUAUUAAAGUUAUAUUAACUUCUUUUUAAUCAAGCACGUUUUUUUGAAAGUUAUUAGAGUUAAAAUUGUAAAACAAUAAUAAUAAUAAUUCGCAAAAAAGCUUUAUUUACUAAGAAGUCAACUUUUUAAUAACGUUAGCUUAGCUGCGUUAGCUACCUUAGCUACGUUAGCUUAGCUGCAUUAGCUUAGCAACGUUAGCUUAGCUACGUUAGCUUAGCUACAUUAGCUACGUUAGCUUCGUUAGCUUAGCUACGGCUAACACUUAUACUGCAGCCAGCCAGCAGCAGACUCUUAAAAACAAACUUUGGCCAACUAGUAAUGUGUGCUGUGGGUGUUAAAAGUGUGAUGGGUUCAUUUAAAGACUUUGGACUAUAAACUUGGAGCACCAUCUACCACGUUUUACUUUUUUUUACCACCCCAAAAACACCAACAAGUAGAGCUGAAGUUGUGACUCUGCGGCCCGGCACGAUGUCCGGCUCCCCGGGCACAGGUGGCUCCAACCCGAGGAAGUUCAGCGAGAAGAUCGCGCUGCACAACCAGAAGCAAGCAGAGGAGACGCGGGCCUUUGAGCAGCUCAUGACAGACCUCACUGUUUCAAGGGUGCAGUUUCAGAAGGUCCAGCAGCUUCGUUUGACUCAAACGCGGGCGCAGUACUACGGCUCUCUUCCCAACGUCAAUCAGAUCGGCAACACCAGCAUCGAAUUCCAGGGUGGCUUUCCGUCAGGAUUGGACUCUGUCAGAGGGACCCGCCACCAUGGGCUGGUCGAGAGGGUCAACAGGGACCGCAACCGCAUCAACUCUCCCCACCGCCGACCCAUCGACAAGCACGGACGGCAGAUAGAGAGCUCUCCGUAUGGAGCCGUGUACCUGUCCCCACCUCUGGACAACAACUGGAGAAGGGAACAACAGCCAUGGACUGAGGACAAACGGCCUGGGUUUAGAUUAAUAUCACAACUCAACAGAACCAACUCAGACUCGGCUCUCCAUACAAGCGCUAUGAACCCAAACCCUCAGGACCCCUUUGGCAUGAACCAGCAGAUGGGUCGGUGUCCCCCCCAGCGCAAUGGCUGGAAUGCAGCCAGUGUAAAUGAGACGGAGGUGGACGGCUCCGGAAAUGUCUUCUCCUUCCCCAGCCUGACCAACGAGGAGAACCUAAUAGGUGUCAGUAAGCCUCUUCCCAAGCAGCUGUGGGAGGCCAAGAAGGUCCAGUCUCUGGCAUCAAGGCCUAAAUCAUGUGAAGUGCCUGGAAUCAAUAUAUUUCCGUCUCCGGAGCAGAACCCCGGCCUGUCCCACUACCAGGGUAUGUUAAAUACCGGCGGCUCCCUGCCCGACCUCAGCAACCUGCACUUUGCCUCGCCGCUCUCCACCCCGCUGGACCCCGAGGACAACGGAGGGUACCCCAACCUCAGCGGGGGCAGCAGCACCGGGAACCUGCCGGCCGCCAUGAUGCACCUCGGCAUCGGCAACUCGCAGGGUCUCUCCUCCUCUCUGAGCAAUCCCUCGAUCCAGGCGUCCCUCAACAACUGCCAGUUGCAGUCGUCGCUCAGCAAUCCCUCCAUCAACUCGUCCCUGCGUCUGUCCAGCAGCUCCCCCCGGCGACGGCCCGCUCCCAUCAGCCCCCUUACCUUGUCUCCUGGCUCCGAGCAGCGCAGAGGUCUGGCCAAGCAGCUGUCUCCCACCAUGUCCCCCUCGCUGUCCCCCAUCACACAGGGAGUUGCUUUGGAUACCAGCAACAUGCCAAGAGAGCCGCCCCCACCCUAUCCACUCUACCAGCAACCCCAGCAUGCAGUGGACCAGGGCCGACAACGGCAACAGCAGCAGCAGCAGCACCAGCAGCAACAGCAACAACAGCAGCCGCUUUCCCCCCUUCAGAACAUCCCACUGGACUUCAACACGAGCCAACACAACAACAUGAUCUUCAACGACCCCUUCAUGGAGCCACAGUACUCCAACCGCCAGACCAAGACCCACCCCUAUCAGUUGGACCAGUUCUCCCUAUUGGAAAACGCCAUGAGCUCCACGGCGGGGGGUUCUUUCUUCGACCCGUCCUCCUCUCCCUCCUUGCUCUACUACUCCCAGGCCGCCCUCUCGGGGCUGGGCGGCAGCCACGGCAGCCUGCAGGACCCGAUGCACAUGAGGUCCAACAUGCUGUACUCCAACUGCAGCGGAGGACUGCCCAACAUUAUACUCACUGAUGACUCCAACACCAGUCUGUCUAAGGACAUGUGCAGCGCCCUCUCCACGGUGCAGGAGUGUUUCGACUCGGAGGGAGGUUUCCCGUUGGAGGACGAGCUGCGCAUCGAGCCCCUCAGCCUGGACGGUCUGAGCAUGCUCAGUGAUCCCGACAUGGUGCUGCCGGACCCGUCGGUGGAGGAUACUUUCCGCAGUGAUAGACUCUGAACAUGAAGAGCGUCGGAGGAAAGAGAACAUGGAUUUGCAGUGUAUAGUGUACAAAUCUGAAUAUGCAUGCAAACAAAUCUCUAUAGGGCCACUGUGCAUGCAUCCACUGCCACUAAGACUCAUUAAAUGUGAAAGACGCCGUGUACACAGUCAUGCUCACACACUUUUUAAGGAGGAGACUUGUGAACAAACACUGUUUACAUGCCAAGUUUCCCCUCACAGAUGCUCCGGCUCGUAUCUUGCAGACAUUAUUUUAAACGAGGUGGAUCGAUGCAGUUCUGGGUUUUAAAUCAGCUCCUCCAGACCCCCUUACCCCUCUGCCUCCUCCAACCAAAAAGACUUCUCUCUGCCUCUCUCAUCACCGACUCACAGCCCCCCUGAAGCCAUGGCAACCUCAUCGCCAUGGUUACACACCAUAGCAACAAUCCCAUUGCCAUGCUGAAGAGCAGCAGGAAUGCCAACACACACAUUUACGUUCUUUACAGCUCCAGCUAAUAAAGGGAGUGGGAGCCCAGAGGUGCAGCCACUGUCCACAGCUGGAGCAGUGACAUGUGUCAGUGGUAAAACAUCUGGCAGCCCAGGAGCAGUGACAUGUGUCGGUGGGAAAAACAUCUGGCAGUCCAGGAGCAGUGACAUGUGUCGGUGGGAAAAACAUCUGGCAGCCCAGGAGCAGUGACAUGUGUCGGUGGGAAAAACAUCUGGCAGCCAAGGAGCAGUGACAUGUGUCGGUGGUAAAAGUCGAUGGUAAAACAUCUGGCAGCCCCAAAGCGGUGGCAUAUAAAACAUCUGGCAACCCAUGAGCAGUGACAUGUGUCAGUGGUGAAACAUCUGGCAACCCAGGUGCAGCGACAUGUAAAACAUCUGGCAGCCCAGGAGCAGUGACAUGUGUCGGUGGUAGAACAUCUGGCAGCCCAGGUGCAGUGACAUGUAAAAGAUCUGGCAGCCCAGGUGCAGUGACAUGUAAAACAUCUGGCAGCCCAGGAGCAGUGACACGUGUCGGUGGUAAAACAUCUGGCAGCCCAGGAGCAAUAACGUGUCUGUGGUAAAACAUUUGGCAGCCCAGGAGCAGUGACAUGUAAAGCAUCUGGCAGCCCAGGAGCAGUAACAUGUCUGUGGUAAAACAUCUGGCAGCCCAGGAGCAGUAACGUGUGUCGGUGGUAGAAUAUCUGGCAGCCCAGGAGCAGUAACAUGUCUGUGGUAAAACAUCUGGCAGCCCAGGAGCAGUGACAUGUAAACUAUCUGGCAGCCCAGGAGCAGUGACAUGUAAAACAUCUGGCAGCCCAGGAGCAGUAACAUGUGUCGGUGGUAGAACAUCUGGCAGCCCAGUUUUCUUCAGGUGAAGUUGAAACCAGCUGUGCCGUCGUGGCUACUUCAGGCUCUUGAACAAUCAUGGUAGAAAUGAAGACUAGAGAGAUUAGAGCUUUUGUUUUAAAUGUGUUUCUUUACAUUUGGUAUCAGAUUAUUUUUGAGUUGUUUGCCACAGAUCUAUAAAUAUAAAUAUAAAUAUACAUAUAUAGAUAUAUAUAUAAAAAAGUCUCAAUUUCUGUCUGAUUAGAAUGUAUUGUCAAACUCGAAACAAAAAGGGCGAACUGUUUACAAAGAUGCGAUUUUAAUAAGUAAAUAUUACUUAAUUAAGAGUAUAGAUUUUUGAAUUUCUAAUUAAGAGAUAAAAUUGAAUAAAUGCUAUAUUUUUCCUUGUGAUUUGGUUGGAUGCCCCCCCCCCCCCUCCUCUGGCAGAACUUUGACAGCACUGGGACGGCGUCAAAAAAACCAUUUUAAAAAAAAAAAAAAAGGAACUUUUUUUGACUUGUUUUUAUUUUGAAAAUACUUGUAUGUACAUUCAUUGCGUAUGUUUUAUUUUACAUUUUGUACUGACUUGUAAUGGCGCUUUUACUGUACUUUAAAAAUCUCGUUGUGAAUAAGGGCAUGCGCGCUGUGCUGCUGUGGAUCGAUUAUGCCUCGAAUAUCUGUUUGCAUCCGGCUUCCUGUCCUCGUGUUCUAUUAUAGCAGUACAGCAACCCCCCACAUCCUCAGUCAGAGAGCAUACUGUAAUCAUGUGGACAUCGGACAUCAUGUAACAUUGCACUUAACCUCUUUUUGCACUAAUUGGUUCGCAGUGUGUAGACUGAUAUUUUUUACACCUGUGUUUUGUUUUUUACCUUGAAUAACCCAAAGAAGUUGAAUGAAGCCAUUACUAAGAGACUAAAAAUGAAUAGUCACUGCACAUAAACACAUUUCAAAACACCAGCGACCGGCGUUUAAUUUAGAAAUAAUUGACAUUUUUAUUUUCUAGGCUUUGAGAGUGUUUUUGUAAAGAGCUCAUAUUUUACAUUUGAUUAUGUAAUAACUCGGCCAUUCAUUCAGGGCAUUGACUGCCCUCUAGUGUCUGUUUUAAUAAAAAAUCAAAGAGAUAUUUUUUAUUAUUAAUAUUGUUUCUGAAAAGGAUUUGGAGCAAAUUUACUUUGUUUCUUUCAGCUAUGCAAUUAUUAUUAUUUUUUUUCAAUUUAAGUGCGACCUGUUGAACAGGUGUACGUUAUAUGCAGUGUUGAUUUUAUGUGCACAAUGUGGGGGGGAGAGGGGUCAAAUUAGCCAGAAAUCACAAUAUUACAUGUGUCCAGUGUCCACAGUGUGUGUUGACUCUCUGAGUCUAUAAGUAGAGCGUCUCUGCUCCUGCAACAGUCGGAGAACAUUUGUAAAGCAACAUGAUGUGACUGCAGGUGAACACGGUGCAUGGCGCUGUUUGUGUUUAUUGUUGUUUUUUACAGUCAGAAGAUGUCGUACCUGCACUGUGAGGACUGUGGGUUCUUUCUGAAAAAGAGAUUAUUUGUCAAAUACAAAAUGAAGAAAGGGGUGUCGGGAGGUUUAUCGUGAGAUUUCUAAGAGUUUAUAUAUUUCAGCUAUUAUACAUUUUUAUCUGCUCUCUUGAUAGCGACGGAGGCACUUUGCAGUUUUAAUCUCCCCGUUGUUUAUUCAGCCUGCUGUCUUGCCUUCUGCUGCCUUACUUUGUUGUAUUUUUCAUAUUCCAGCAGCUCGUAAUCACCUCCCCCGUUAGCUUUUAGCUCUGUUCGGUACUAACUGCCCGUCGUCCUUUUUCUGUCUCAUUAGUUUUAUCGGUGUCUUACUUUUUUUUUUAGUCGCAUAUUAAAAAAUGUACAGUUCUGUUAUUUAAAGAAUGUUUUUGUCCACUAGUGUUACUACUUUUUUUUUUUUUUGUAAUGUCAUUUUCCCCAAGAUAUAAAACAUUCUUGGUUUGUAACGUAUGUUAUAGUGCUUAUCUUUCUGAUUUAAUAUAAACAAUAAAACUCUAUACUGUGUA